AUGCUUAUUUUCAGUGAUCCAGUUUCUGAGACAAGGGAAUUCAAACACAAAGUUAACAUAGCAGUUACUACGUUUCUGUUUUCUCAUAGCAGGGUCUCCAAGGCGUUCCGGGCCUUCCAGGUGCUCCUGGCCCGACUGGACCUCCUGGCUUGUUGGGAAGAACGGGACAUCCUGGCCCCUCGGGAACAAAGGGUAACAAGGUACAGAGGGAAAGCCUCACUUACUGUCCAGAUUGGGGCUUGGGGUAGGGGCAAGGGCCCCAAAGGUGAUCCUGGCCCAGUGGGAGAACCUGGUGUGAUGGGGUUGCCAGGAUUAGAAGGAUUUCCUGGUAUAAAGGGAGAUCGAGGCCCGGCAGGUCCCCCUGGAGUGGCGGGAAUCUCGGGGAAACCCGGGGCCCCAGGCCCUCCAGGAGUUCCAGGAGAGCCGGGUGAGAGAGGGCCUGUUGGAGACAUAGGUUUCCCUGGACCAGAAGGACCCUCAGGAAAGCCCGGAAUAAAUGGGAAAGAUGGAUUACCAGGUGCGCAGGGCAUCGUGGGUAAGCCUGGAGAGAGAGGCCCCAAAGGAGAACGGGGUGAUCAGGGGAUUCCAGGAGACCGAGGCCCACAGGGUGAACGUGGAAAACCAGGCCUUCCAGGCAUAAAGGGAGCCAUAGGUCCUAUGGGCCCCCCAGGAAAUAAGGGCUCCCCGGGCUCUCCGGGGCACCAAGGCCUUCCAGGCCACCCAGGCCUCCCCGGCUCCCCGGCUGAUGUGGUUUCAUUUGAAGAAAUAAAGAAGUAUAUUAAUCAAGAGGUUCUGAGGAUUUUUGAAGAGAGGAUGGCUGUGUUCCUGUCUCAGCUCAAGCUGCCAGCAGCAAUGCUGGCUGCCCAAGCUCAUGGGAGGCCUGGUCCACCAGGAAAGGAUGGGUUGCCUGGGCCACCAGGAGACCCUGGGCCCCAAGGCUACCGAGGACAGAAGGGAGAAAGAGGGGAACCGGGAAUGGGGCUUCCAGGGAGCCCAGGACUUCCUGGGACCUCAGCUCCGGGCCUGCCAGGCUCACCAGGUGCCCCAGGGCCCCAGGGCCCCCCAGGACCCAGUGGAAGGUGUAACCCAGGAGACUGCCUGUAUCCCGUCUCUCACGCCCGUCAGCAGACAGGUGGGAAAUAACCGUACCUGAGGACGACUUGAUUCCCAGCCAUCCCUCCUGCUGUUGGAGCUUUCUUAGUACUGUCAGACCCUCAUGAUUCAUGGGUGACUUUUUUUUUGAUGUAGGCCAGACAUUAAGAGCAAAAAUUGGAAUUCUAUUCCUAUAGUAAUGGUGAGAUCAGUCUCUUUAGAAUUUUUCCAAAUUCAUUCCAUGUGUCUUGUUUCACCAUUAUUAUGAUUUUUAUUCAGAGUUUUCUAUGAAAUAUGCAAGCAAAUCAUAUCAUUAGUUCUUCUUCAAGAGGAAAUGACAUCUUAUGAUUUAGCAGACUGACGGCGAUGUGCGUCUUAUAAUCUCAUCGACUUGUAUCUGGCCUUUGAUUUCUGAAUUUUACAGUUUCAGACUUACCUGAAAGUUUUCUUGGUGUUUAAAUUUACUAGCAUUGCUAAAAAUCUCAUCACCUUUUUUGAUAUAGUGCAUUGUUCCUGCUGAAUGUUUUUUGACUACUUUUUAUAGCUUAAGAAUUCUUACACCGUCCUGUAUCCAUUCUACUUAUGCAGAGAAAUAGAUAGGCAAUAAGACCUUCACUUCAUAACUUAUAUUUUGGAAGAAAACCCAGGCGGCCGUUUUAUCAGGGAGCCCAAAAUCCUACCAUAGCCAACUGCUGAAAUGAUUUUGUGGAUUCUGUGUAAUGAGCUCCAUUCAAAGCAAUCCCACCGGCAUGAGUAUGUCCUGCAUAAGAAGGGAGGCAAGAAGUCAAAGCCCAGCACUGUGGCCCCUGCACUGAGCUUCUCAUUUGGGAAACAGAAAGCUGUUUUCCCUAGAAGGUAUCUGGUACUGAAGGCACCAAGCUGUCUUCGGUACUCUCGAAGCUUAAAGGGCCUCGCAAGGUCUUUGGGCCCCUGUAUCCAUUAUCCUUCUGACCUCAUCACUCUCAGAGUUUAAGAACCAGCCAUCAGAACAAAGGAUGGGACUUGUAGCAACUGGAAAAGAAACCCCCUUGACCUAGAAGAUGAAUGUGUGGUGUCAGCAGACGCAUACUGCCAAGCCCAGAAGCUCUGGUGGAGAAGGAUGUUUCUCAGAAGCCGCAGCCAGAGGUGCGGGGCAGAGAAGGAAAGCCACGAGACCCAACAUGCAGCCGGCGCCGAGACCAGAGAGUCCACGCACUGCGGGGAAACAGGCACUGCCCGGACCACGUCCUCUGGCCAGGAACGAGAAUGUGCGAUUGCCAACCACAGGGCAAAACGGUUCUUCUGUUGCCUGGCUCUACAUUAUUUUGAGAAACUGUUGGUUGAAAACAAUGGAUUUCCUAGGGCACCGAGCAUGAGGAUAUUGCUGACGUCUACGUGGUGGGUCCCAGGGAUGCUGAGAGCGCCCAGAGCCCUCCCGCUGCAGACAUCCCAUCCCGAGGCCGUCGGGGCAAGCUGGGGAAAGCUGUGAGCAGGGUCUCGUGGGGAGCGUUGCUACAUGAAGGCGGCUUCGUUCAAACGCACCCAGGGUUUGAACUGGGUCUCACUGUAGACGGAUGAACUGCUGGUCAGGUACUGUCUACGUGGCUGUGCGUACAUGCAACCUUUUCAUUAUUUCAUGUUGAAUGAUGCUGUAUAUUUCACUUCCAAGUUUAUUUAUUUUCUUUUCCAAGGUCAUUUUAUUUAUUUCAAGUGUUGUUAACUUUAAAUUGAUUUUCUUCUUCAUUUUCUUUCCUGUGCAAUACCUACAAUGGUGCUGUGUUUUAGACUUGACACAAUCAGAAUAUACAUACACAUUUUCUUAGUAAAAUGGUCAUUUAUCACUCCCCCCCAAAAAAAUGUAUAGAGAUCUAAAAUCUGGUGCUAUGUGUAUAUCUUGAGCUUUUAAUUUGUGGGACUUUAAUUUGUUGAAUUUUCUGAAAGCUUUACAACUCCUCUGCCACUCAUAAAUUUACUUGAACUUGUCAUAAAGCUCAACAUUUUAUAUGUUUUCAAAGAUUAUUUUUUCAAAUUAGUUAAUAGUUUGGUUCUCCUUUUGCCUCUUUGCUAAUCUGGAAGUAUUUAUUUUAGCAUUUUACUGUUUUCAUGAACUUUUUUGCUAUUGGUGAUCGAUGUAUUUUUGUUUUCUUUGAGUCGAUCCCUUCACAGACAUCAGAAGACUCGCUUCACUUUCUUGUUUUAUAAAUUCUGCUUAUUUUAAUUCCAGAGAAUAUGUCAUGUAUUCUUUCCUACAAAUGGUAUAUUUAGGAACUUUUCUUGUUCUAAAUUCCAUUAAGGCCGGGCUGGUUUAUUCCUGCUUCAAGAAUCUGGAUUUAUUCAGCUGGUUUGAGGAGCUGGUGCAUAUUACAAGGUAGAGCUGUCACAAUGACACAGCCUGUUUUUUAACAACCGACACACGUGACUCAAUCUACCUGGGGCGUAACCAGGGGAACAGGCUGUGUCACGUGGAGCGAGUCUCUCCUCAGCCACCUGUGUGUCCACCGUCUCAUCUCUGUACACGAGAUGCGGCCAAAAGCAGCAAGAAAGCCUGAGUCCAGCUAACACAACACCAAAUAAAGCGGAGAGUUGGCAGUUGCCUGAUUCUUUUAACAAAAAGAAAGGGGAUAAUUAAGGCCCCAAAGUCGGGUGUGAAAAUUUCCCCUAACUGGCUCAGUGGUUGCCAAUUCUCUUGUAUUGUUUUUGUUUUUUCCAUUCCAAAACUUUGUUUACUUUCACACAGAUGUCAGUAAUGUCCACAGCAGGGAAAAAGAAUGACCACAUUUCCUGAAUUAUCUCUUCUUUGGACUCCAGACAACAUAAGUGUUCAAAUACAAAAGAAUUUUGGCCAUGAUGGCUAUUAAAUAUUAAAAUUGUGUUUACCCUAUAUGUUUGAUUUCCAGUCUAACAUUUUAUACCAAGGUCAGUUAACACUGUCAGAUAGAAAUCCUUCUAUGCAAAGAACAAGAUAUGACUUCAAUUAAUAUUUAUGCCCUUUGUAACCUAAAGGAAAAAGGAAGAAUAAUUCAUGAGUUUGUUCAUUGUUCUUUCCUACUGAAGACAUUAACCAUUUUUUCAUAACAGAAACACAGCCAGUCUUAACCUUUGAAAUUUUUCACCUCAUGAUCAAAGUAAUUUGAUUAAUGACUUUAAAGUAUUGAUAAUCCCAUAAGCUUAUUUCUAUGUUUCAUGACAUUGUUGAAACUUUAAAAUUGUAGUCAAUUUUAUUAUAGAACUUCAGUGAUUAUCUUAAGAUGUGUUAUCUGUAAAAGAUGCCAUUUGAUGUUUGGGUUAUAAAAUAAUGUUUUAUGAAUAUGUUUUAGGAGUUAAAUAAGAUUUAGCCUUUCUGCAGUCUUUCUAAUCUGUUGAGAACCUGUGAUAUACCUCCUGUUGUCCACAAGAUGGUGUUUAAAGCAAUUUGUAUCAGAAGAACUGAACAGACUUGCAGAAAUACAAAUCUAGAAACAGUUUAGUGGGCAACAACUCAGUCAGAACCUUUGCUUUUGCACUUAUUCUUUUUUACUUUUGUAAAUAAUUUCUUGUUAAUUUAUCUUUUGUUAUCUUGUUUUGUUCAUUUAUAUUUUUCUUCAUUUUAAGUAUCUUUAUGAAGCAGGCACAGUAACUCUUGAUUUGUUGGCUAUUUCAAUUUUAUUUCGUCAGGGGAUUUAUAUGCCUAGUUAACUUGCAAAGUUACUAUUUGUAACUUUAGUUUGUAUGCUACCCUCCUAUUUUAGUGAUUAACAUGAAAACCCCUGAGGAAUCAUCUUACCUUCUAAACAGAAGAGAAAGUCUCUUUUGGCAAAUAAAAAGAAUCUGGCUUAUCACAAGAAGUAGACCAUUUACAGACUUAGACAAUGUCCAAAUCUCCACAUUGUUCAAAGUACUUAAAAUUUUACAAUUAGAUUUGUAUAAUUAUAUUUUUCUAGAAAUGUAUCACUGUUUACAAAAGCAAGAUAAGGAACACUAUUUUUCAAAAUACCAUUUAAAUUUUCCUAACACUGGUAAUAAUAUCCUGAUAAUGAGAACCUCCAGGUUAAGUUAUAUGCUUAAGUUUUUUCCAAUGAAGUCUCAGAAUAGUUUUGCAGGUUUGUUCAUUGCUCUCGUUUUUAAAUUAUUUUUCACAUUUGUCCGUGUCCACCUUCUUAAGACACACAAGUGUUUAUUGUCACUGCUUCCCGUGUUCUUUCCCAGUACUCUAGUGUGAAGGAUCAGACCCCUUUUUAUACCCCUGUCUCUCUCUCUCUCUCUCUCUCACGGGUUACACGGCCUUCCAAGAGGGGGAGGUGCAGACAGAAUUGAAUUUGUGUCUUUUAUGCCUAUUACUUCAAAACAACUUAGCCCGUUGAAUUGUAUUCAUUCAUUAGUUGCCAGGUAAAGGUAGCAUUAAUGACAUUAAAUGUGUUUAACUACUAGCAGUCUCAGGAAACAAGACAAAUUGAUAACUUCAGUUUUAUUGUGCGGUAUAGCUGGAGCUGUGACCAAAACAUUUCACUCAGCAAAAUCAUGCCAGGGUAACUGGUCAAGCUCGUUACAUUGAAUGAAGAACCAGAUGAGCACAGAGACCUCAUCCAGAGAAGCAGACCCAGAAUAGCAAAAGUUUACCUCGAAGAUAAGGCAGGCUUAUAAAACCAAGCUAAGUCUAAGAAAAUCUAAAUGGAAAAAAUGUCGUGUUCAGAGCCAGCAGUGAGUGAUACAGGUUACAACUCAAAGAGUUACCUACUCGCCUCACGAAUUUGUCAAAAGAGAAUACUAAUAAAGCGGGAGGUUUCACUAAACCCGGGGGUAGUUCAAUAAGCUUUGAGUUUAUCAGGAGGGUGUGUGUCGCGUGACGAUUAGAAGCGUAUGGGUAUAAAGAUGCUAAUUACAUGACAACUUUUUAUCUGGCUGUAUUAUUUAAAGUACCUUUUAGGGAAAAAUAUUUUUCGGUGUAUUAAUGUAUUUAAAUUCAGAUUGUUUCAUGGCAUAUUUUAUAACUAUUUUUAAGAUUUAGGAUGCAUUUUUUGCCCAUUUUGUUUGUUCCCUAUCUUACCUCAUCAAGCUCUUUAAUUCAACAUACUGAUGUGAAGUGGAAUGGCGCUAGUUUUUUGCUAGAUCCCACAUGGAUAUAACGCUUUGAGGCCUAGAUUCCUGUUUGUUCAUGAUGCAUAAUGAGCUUGUCCGUUAUCUCAGCAAUAAAGGAUUUGACCCUAAAUCGGGGAAUUCCGAGGUGCCGUUGUUAACAGCAUCUCUUCUUUGGCCGAAGGCUCACAUUUCCGUCAUUCUGAUGGGUCUCAACCACAGGGCAACUGCGGAAGCACUCACAUGCCCCGCGUGAGCCACACGGAUGCCCAAGGAACCAGCAAAUGGGCCUAUUGCAGGGUCUGGCUCGACACCAUGCUGGUAAUUACACUUAUGUUUGUCACAUGAAUCAAUGCUUAGGUCGUAAUCAUUAAGUUUAUAGCCCAUCUCCAGGGCAGCUCAUAAAAAGCUUGGUCUAAUGAUUUCAGAUGAGAAUUAAAAGCAGAAAUAAAGGUCAGCGAGUAGCCAGGCCUUUGUGACUUUUGUCCCACAGAGUGAUCUGCUCACUAAAUCACGUGGGCUUGAGCGAGACGAGAAUGUCACAGUUAACUUUUCUCAUAAACAUAAGCUCUUCCAUCAUGAGUGACAGGCCAAUAGGCGACGAAAGGUUAAAUACACAGCAUGUUUCCUUCACUGAGAUGAAUCACACGAAAACAUGCCAGUGGAUUUAGAUGUCCGCUUAGACUGGGAAAUGAUUUAUGUAGUUCUUCACUGUCCUCACCCUCAGGUCCCCUUAUGACAUAGUAUAUAAAUUGACCGUGUGCUAAGAUAUCUCUAAGAUAUUUUCAGAUCUUUUCAUACAAGAAUUUUCAACUUGGAGGUCAGAGACAAUUUCAAAUAAAUCUUUAAAAAAGUUAGUUUCUUGGAGCCAGUUUCCAUCAUUUGUUCUCUCUGUAGGUUUUCUUAGAAAACUUGGCGUCAAGAGCAGGAUGUGAAGGCAUUGUUAAGGGGAAAGUUAGCAUGGAUUCCCAUUUAUUACGAUUAAAAAUAGGUUCAGUCAGCAUCCUCUUUCUGAUAACCAGAUCUAACAAAUACAUUACAGUUCCUCUAGUUAAUCAUUUCAAGAGCACUUGGGCAUGUGUAUUUAUAGCCAUACAUUCUUAUGGUAAACCAAUUUUGAUUUAAUAUUUACCGAGCCAUGUGCAUUAAUGCUGCCAUGUCCUAGAUCACAAGCUCGCUAACAGACUCAGUACACUGCUGAAAAGUAUCUAUUUUACUCUAGGAAAAAAACAAAGAGACUUGACCUAUAUUUAUUGAACACAAACCUUCUAAAAAGAUAUUUUAAAUAACUUAUGUCCAUUCCCUGUUUGUAAACGGCAGGAUUACUAGUUGGCUAGUAUUUUUUUUUUCUUAAUAUUGCUUUUUCACACCUUUUGCCAGGGCUCCCAGAAAAUGUUUAAAAGCAAUUCUCUUGAUAUUUGGUGUGAUUUUAUGUAUUUCUAGUGAUCUUCCCCGCAUACUGAUCUAUUUUUAAACCCAGAGAUGUUGGAUAUCAGAGAGGCUGUAAUAGCCAAAAAAUUAGAUACUAUAAUCAGAGGUGAUCUUCUAAAGCAGGGAUUUACAUUCAGCUUAUUUCAGGCUGCAAGUAAAUCAGAUUUUAUUUAUGAUGUUUAAGAAUAGCAAUAUUCGUUUAGUCAGCUUGAAGUAUUGUGUCCAUAAAUAAUCAAAUCAGUCAUGAAACUGAUGGGACUCAUUCAUACUCCUCUGCUAGACAAAGUCAAUUAUCCCAAACUAUGCCAGGCAAUUGAUGUGCUCAGUCACCCCGGGAAGUGAUGUCCAUAGUUUUUAAUCAACCUGUCAGAUCUUUGGGAUGAAAACCAGGUCAGGAUGCCAUAGAAGCACUGACUGGAAAUAAAUCAUUUGCCCUUGGGUAAGUGACAUGCCCGUUUCUAACCACCUGUAUUUAUUCACAUGCUCUUCUCAACAACUCUGACACUUCAUCCAACUUUGAAAAAUAAUCCCAAAGGUUUUGAAGAUUUCUGUUUUGCUAGAGAGAGAGAUUUGGUCUAAUUCAGUAUUCAUCAACUCUCUUUCAUGGAGACCAUUUGUGAGAUGCUUUUCUUUGCAAUUUCUCAGUCAAGUAUUUACUGCUUCUGUAAACUAUGUGACCGAACUGGAUUUACAGUGGACUGUUCCCACCAUUUGGAAUGUGCUCAUCUUGCCCAAUCUCUCUGUAAGUGGUUGUUUCCGGUCUUGCUGUAUCUGGGAAGCUUGCUGUACUGCCUUUUGUAUAUCAAGUUUGGAAAACAGUUGAUUCAACUUUUCUUUGAAAUUUUAUUUUUUUUUUUAAUUUUCUUAUGAACCUGAAAGUAUAGAACUGAGAAACGUAUUUAUUUGGUUAUCUAAUUUUUCUUUUGUUGUAUUUGACGAUGUUACUCCAAUUAAAA